CGACGAGUCCUGCUGCAGAGAGCUCAAGAAGUCAAGUGAAACGACUAAAUCUACAACUUAAAAUGUAUAAAUAUCUCAUUUGUCUGUCUGCUCUGUUCGCGUUGACCUUCGUCAGCGCAGACAACAUUGAUAAAAAUGCCGAAAUACGCAGCUUUCAAAAUACCGCAACCGAUGCCGAGGGCAACUACCAGUUCUCCUACGAGACUAGCAAUGGCAUACAACAACAGGAGGCUGGCAGUUUGGCCGGUGUGCGCGGCUCAUUGAAUUACGUAUCGCCCGAAGGUGAACGCAUCUCCUUGAGCUACACAGCCGAUGAGGAAGGCUUCCAUCCGACCGGUGAUCAUCUGCCAACGCCGCCGCCAGUACCGGCGUAUGUUUUGCGUGCCUUAGAGUAUAUUCGCUCACAUCCACCGCAACUGAAAGAGGAGGCAUAAGCAGCGUAGCCGAAUACCCACAUACAUGGAAAAAAAAACAUUAAAGGCUGUGGCGUACGAAGUGGCAGCAGACGAUGCGUAACUGUUCGUUUUAUGGGUCAAAUGCUAGACUAAACAAAUGCAUUGACAUGUCACGAGUUGACGUGUUAAUUGACUCAUAAUAAUUGUUUAUUGUUUGAUGCCUUAUGAUUUAUGUUUUUUUCUUUUCAAUUUUGUUAAUUUUUUUGUUUAAUUAAUUUUUUUUUUCAACACAUUACCAACACUUCUGCUUAUCCGUAUAUGCAUCUUAUGUUUUUUGUUUUUUCACGCGCUAAGCUUGACGUAUAAGCGCGCGCAUAGUCAUUAUUUGUAAUUAAUUGUUUUUGUUUUAUAAUUUGAAUAAAAAAAUCAGAUUUAGAUACCUCAA